AUGACGGACAGAAGCUCAACGUUGUUGAGGCGAGUGAGUUCUAAGCGGUCGGUUCCUAGCAUGAAAAGCCUUCUGCCACUGAAGUUGCUUUCCCCGACGCUACCACAACCUCAUAUAUGGCCUUCUGCUAGCCAGGAUCAGAGAUCAACGUUCGGUGUAAUACAACCAACUCAAGAAUCGUCCAAAGUUCAAGGCAAAACAAAUAAUCCUCUCGGCCUACGUCUCUCAGUUUUGCCGCCUCGACAAUCGCAACGGGAUACGCCGAUAUACAACGAGCUUGGUUCACCCUUGCCAGAGAGAGCAUACUAUACGAGCGACGAUAUAUGUAACUGCUCACAACCAGCGUCGAGUUUCAAUGACAGAUGUGUGUUUCAUGAUCAUACCGCCGCCGAUAAUGUUGAACCUGAAUAUGAAGACGAUGAGGUCGCCAGUCAGUCCAACACAAUUGAUGCAACUAACUUCCGCCGACGAUCUUACGAUGCGCCUCGAAGUUCAGACCUGUCUUUUCAAUGUUCUGGCGAGGAUCCAGUGCCCAGUGAGGCAGCCUGGUUGAGCACUCCUUUGCCAGACUCACCGAAAUCACGACUGACACGUCGCCGCUCAGGAGUCAGGACACCAGUGGAAAGAAGUGUGAAUACCUGGCUCAGCGACACCGCCUCUGAACUCGGCGAGAAUGUUGUUGCUUGCGCAACCGCCGUCUCUCCCAGGAAGGCUCAAGUAGUCAACGUAAACCGCUUCUCCGACGAAAGUUAUCCACCAAGAGGAUCUUCCCUCAAUGCUCCAUCCUCUGCAACUCUUCCCGUGGAACGUUACAGCUGGGCAUCAUCAGACGACAGUCCUCCCGACACUCCAACACGCGAAUUGGAGUUUGAUGACAACCGUUCUGUAUGCGAUGAGCCUGAGCCGCAAUGGAUCUUCCCAAGGAGAAGAUUGGAUCUUGCGAUGAACAGUCCACCAAUGUCACCAAAGGUUUUCCCAGAUCCUCCGCCAGCAUCGCGAUUCUCAUAUUCUGCCAUGAGUGCAGGUAUUGAGGUCGAUGAGGAUCCAAAUCCAGUAUCGCGAUGGUCGUUUGAUUCCACAAUGUCAGAGGACAAGUCAACCGUCCACAUCAUCACAGACCUCGAAGAUAUGGUGUCUGGCUUCCCCAGGAACAUGUUACUCCCCGACACACCCUGCAUCUCCGAAAUCCGACUUGGACUCAGCAAUACCAGUUCGGACCUUCCAUCUCCCACCAUUUCACACUCAUCAUCUGAAUCCCGCUCCAACGACAGCCACUCCAUAGCGAACUUCUCUCGCCCCCGCCGAACAAACAAUAACCUGACCUCCUCUCGAAGCACACCCAUCGUCCAAAACAACCCCGCCUGGCGAUCCUCUUUCAUCUCAUCCUCAUCCACCAUCCAACCCGCCACACGCCUCAGCAAACCCGACCUCACACCCCUCUCCCGGAUCUUCCCCAACAGCUCAGAAUACACGCGCCUAGCCCUCUACGGCCACAUCCUCGCACAUAUAUUCCUCACCUCUCUCCCUUCAACUCCCUCACCACAAUUAGAGAACAACAACAACAGCAGCAGCAGCAACAUCCCCCGCCGCCGCCGCGACACACCGUACUGGACAACCUCCCACGCCGGACACCCCCGCAUGUCAGAUUCCUACCCUUCAUUCGCGCCCACCAGCUUCGCCUCCACAUCCUCGAACAACGAAUCCAGCACUCUCCAACUCCGGAUUCAGACCCUACGAUCCAAACUGCGGAAAUGUAUAUUCCGGCUCAUGAACAACAUGGAUUCGAGUAUCUGCCAAGCGAACCUAGAUGGGAGAGCGGAGUUGAUGCUACGUGCUGUGGAGGAGGUUGUGGGCGCGACGGAGAAGCUGGCUUGUUGUGGUAGCUGCUAG